CAGCGAUUUCCACACGGUGCAGAGCAGAGGGAAACCCCAGCAGCCCGCAUCAGCCUGUGAGAGGGGGCAGCAACUCCUUCCCCACCCACCUGGACAGGUCCCAGACUCGCUCCUCAGGCGGCUGCAGGACACACACGGGUCGCACAGAAAACAGAAGCAGAAGCUCACAGUGCAUCAUCUGGAGUGUGCAGUGCCACUGGCUAGGAAAGCAGAGGAAGGUGCAAGCCCAGCCUGGGAUGCUCAGUGCUGCUGCUGCCCUGGCUGCUCUGAGGGAUUCCACAGGGACUCUCCUGCCCAGCCCAUGGUGGAGAGCAGCAGGAGGGGCUGCCCAGGACCCCCAGACAGGGACCAGCCCAUGCCCAGGAGCAUCCCCUGCUCUGCUCCCUGCCCUGGCUCCUGGGCUGGGUCCUGUGGGACUGGACUUGGCACCUGAACCUGCUUUGUUCUCCAGAAGCCAGCUGCUCCUACCUUCUGGGAAGAAAUAAAGCUUUGUCAGGGAUUUGGGCAUCAGCUGGGAGCACAUCAGCUCCCCUGAGGGUGUUUCCACAGGCAGACCCAGUCCCAUCAACAGCUGCAUCCCCCCAACAGUGCACUGGCUCACAACCACUCACAGCUGGAAACGCUGAAGCCUCAUAAGAGAUAAAACUCUCAAUUUCUUCUUUUCUUUUCUCUGUUUGUUUCUCCAGGGAGGGGGAGCACCACAAUGCAGAUGAAAGGCACGGCCCAGUUCAGCUCCUCCAGGAACGACAGCAACUGCACCAGCGACAGCAGGAUCAGCCAGGUCAUCUUCCCUCUGCUCUACACGUUCCUGUUCCUGGUGGGGAUCAUCAUGAACGGCCUGGCAAUGUGGGUCUUCUUCAAAAUAUCCAGUAAAUCCAACUUCAUCAUCUUCCUCAAGAACACCGUGAUUUCUGACUUCCUCAUGACCUUGACUUUUCCCUUUAAGAUCCUCAGCGAUGCCAAGCUGGUGUCCUGGGUGCUGCGGGGGUUUGUGUGCCAGGUCAGCCAGGUGGUGUUCUACUUCACCAUGUACAUCAGCAUCCUGUUCCUGGGGCUGAUCACCGUGGACCGCUACCAGAAAGCCGCCUCGCCCUUCCGGAGCUCCAGCCCCCGCAGCCUGCUGGCGGCCAAGCUCCUGGCCACGGCAGUCUGGCUCUCCAUGUUCGCCCUCUCGCUGCCCAACAUGAUCCUCAACAACAAGAAGAAAACCCCCAAGAGCGUCAGGAAGUGUGCCCUGCUGAAAUCCGAGUUUGGCUUGGUCUGGCACGAAAUUGUCACCUACAUCUGCCAGCUCAUCUUCUGGGUGAGCCUGGCAGUGAUCGUGGUGUGCUACAUCCUCAUCAGCAGGGAGCUCUACAAAUCCUACAGAAGGACACGGUGCACGGGGAAGGCGUCCAAAAAGACCGUCAACCUCAAGGUUUUCAUCAUAAUUGCCGUGUUCUUUAUCUGCUUUGUGCCAUUCCACUUCACCAGGAUCCCCUACACGCUGAGCCAGACCAGAGCCGUGUUCGACUGCUCUGCCCAGAACACCCUGUUCUACCUGAAGGAGACCACGCUGUGGCUCACGUCCCUCAACGCCUGCCUGGACCCCUUCAUCUACUUCUUCCUCUGCAAAUCCUUCAGGAAAUCCCUGCUGGCCAUGCUGUGCCAGCACAGGGCAGUGUCAGGGCGGGGGGCACACACCAAGGGGCAGAACGAGGGCGAUGACACCGAUGAGACCCCGCUCUGACCCCAGCACCUUCCCGGGGCUGGCAGGGCACAAACCCAGCAGGAGGACCCACAGCCCCACUGACUUCUUUAGAAACACCCUGCAGAUGAGGCACAAGCACCCUGGAACUGAAAUAACAGAGGGGUCCCCUGACCCCAGCCUCCACCUUGGCAAGAAGAGCUCCCUGACCCAACAUCCACACCUGCCAGGACUGCUGGGAAGAAAUCUGGGCUUCAAGGUGGAACUGUAAGGGAAAAUUUAACACUCAAUCAUGAACUGUAAAGAUUUUUCAGAAAUAGCUAAACUUGGGUCAGAGUAAAGUCCAUGGCAGCACAGGAUCAGAGAAACGCAGAUAAAAUCCCAGUAAAUGUGAUUUUUCAAUACAGGGAGUUGUCACCUUGUAUGCAACUGGCAGACAAACAAACCUAGGCCAGAGGAAGAGGAGCCAUUUGUGCAGAUUUUUGGUAACAGAAUAACACUCAUCUUAUUCUUAUCUCAUUCUGUGCUUUCAGUUCCUAAUCCAUUGACCAAUAAUUAAUAGCUGUAUGUCAGAGGAAAUGAUUUCGUAAUCAGGCUUAUCUUGAGAUGAGUUCAAUCCCCAAAUCCUUCCCCUUACUACAGAAAUAAACAGAACUGUAUGUUUUCACACAGAACAUUGUAUUAGAAAACAUACAAAACUCGAUUUACAUCCCACUGAGAUCUUGGGGAAAGACAGGCUCAUGGUGACUCCUUUACUGAUGCUCAAGGGAGCUUUCUGCACUACACAAAAUACUGAACCACUUCCUUUU